UUCCCACCGUUGUCUUUUUCCUAACCAAAUAAUUCACCUCAUUAAUGCAUGAGACUUGGGAUCUGGCUCUAGAUUGCUUUAACAAGAACGCUGGCCUCUUCGUCUUAGGAGAACUGAGAAGAGAAUAGUGUCAAACAUGUGUCACGGUUUCUUCUGCGACUCUAUUAAGGCCAAGAAGAGGAGGAACGACAGCAGUGGCAGUAGCAGCAGCAGCCUCUCUUCCCUUUGUUAGUCUCUUUCUCCCUACCACUCUGUUUCCACAUCAUCCAUUGCCACCACCAUCGAUUUCAUCGCUGCCAAUGUGCCGGAGAACCAAUUUUCCGGCGAAAUAGCCUCGGGAGGAAGGUGGGGAGGCGGAAAGAGGCAGACCCAUUUCGAGUUUCGGUGUGGCCGGAGCCAUGUUUCUGUUCAAUACCACGUUUUUGGAUACGCAGCUCUACAAGCCGACCUCCAUCUUCGGCCUCCACCUCUGGCUCGCCAUUACCAUUUGCGUUGGCGUGUCCAUCUGCCUCAUCCUCCUCGUCCUGGCGCUCUGCGUCAUCUUCCGGAGGUACUCCGCCACCACCGCCACGGCUUCGGCCGCCGGAAGCCAUCGCCUCUGCCACCCCGACGCGGCCACGCCCGUCGUGUCGCGCGAGAUCCGGGAGGUGAAGCUCCACCGCCAACCGUCGGCCGAGAAGCCGGUGGCGCAUGCGGAUCAGGCGACGAUGGGGUUCUGCGAGCCGAGGAAGGAGAUCCAAAUCGAUAUCGGGAGGGACCACCGGAUCGUCUUCUCCGACCGGCCGUCUUCGCACAACAGCGGCGGCGAGAGCCGGUCGACGGACUCGGUGUCGAUCGCCGCCCCGGAGGUGUCGCAUUUGGGUUGGGGCCAUUGGUACACCCUUAGGGAGCUCGAGGUAGCUACAGAGGGAUUUGCGGACGAGAAUGUGAUUGGGGAAGGCGGGUAUGGGAUCGUCUACAAAGGAGUUAUGCACGAUGCUUCUCUUGUUGCAGUGAAGAACUUGCUCAACAACAGGGGUCAGGCGGAGAGGGAAUUUAAGGUAGAAGUGGAAGCGAUCGGACGUGUUAGGCACAAGAACUUGGUGAGGCUGCUUGGAUACUGUGUUGAAGGUGCACACAGGAUGCUUGUUUAUGAGUUUAUGGACAACGGUAAUCUUGAUCAGUGGCUUCAUGGGGAUGUAGGACCAGUCAGUCCUCUUACGUGGAAAAUUAGAAUGAAUGUCAUUCUCGGAACAGCAAAAGGGUUAGCGUAUCUUCAUGAGGGUCUGGAACCAAAGGUUGUGCAUCGAGAUGUGAAAGCUAGCAAUAUAUUACUUGAUCAGCAAUGGCAUCCCAAGGUUUCAGAUUUUGGGCUUGCAAAGCUCUUGGGUUCUGAGAGGAGUUAUAUAACAACUCGUGUUAUGGGUACAUUUGGCUAUGUAGCUCCGGAAUAUGCUAGUACCGGGAUGCUGAAUGAAAGAAGUGACGUCUAUAGUUUUGGGGUAUUAAUAAUGGAAAUAAUCUCUGGAAGAUGUCCUGUUGAUUAUAGUCGACCACCUGGAGAGGUGAACUUAGUUGAAUGGCUGAAAACUGUAGUUGCCAGUAAGAACUUAGAGCAAGUUUUGGAUCCUAAGAUGCCUGACAAGCCAUCUUCCAAAGCAUUAAAGAGGGCCUUAUUGGUGGCCCUCCGGUGUGUCAAUCCUGAUGCUCAGAAACGACUUAAAAUGGGACAUGUUAUUCACAUGCUAGAAGUGGAUGACUUUCAUUUCCGUGAUGAUCGAAGAAAUAGUCGAGAAACUGAUCAUUCUCAUCGUUCUCAUGAACAUGCAAAUGGGACUGCAACACCAAUAGAGAGGCCGCCUGUUAAGAUUGAAAUUGGUCAGACUCAUGAAGGAGAAAGAGACAGGGCUAACAAUCUUGACUCCACCACAAGAUGGAGAGAGUAUAGAUAAGGUGAUUUCCUGGUUAGGUUGGAUUUUGAGGUUUUAUAUAUUCUGUAAGGCCGUCAUUGAAGUUUAUGGCCGAUUCAAGAAGUUGAUUGACUUCUGCUGCAUUCUGAAGAAGGUAUUUUCUCAGUCUCAAUCUGAUGUGCAGAUCAAUGCUUGGAAAUCACUGAUAUUUUUGAGAUUGUAUCCUAGAGAAGUUUAUUUAUGAAAGUCAUAAUAAGCAGUGUACAAUAUCGAUCAUAAAUGAAAAUUUCUACUUCUAUUUCCAAA